UUUUAUCAUUUGUUCCAAAUAAUUGACUUCAUAAUACCAAUAAUGAAAUAUCAAGUAUUUUCUGAUAUAUUAUUAGUUUUCGCUUUUGCAGUCACAAUUAGUGGCGAUAAAGCAUUACCAAAUAAUAAUCUCGAAGAACAAGUACUAACACUGUUUAAUAAAUGGCAAAAGGGAAAAGUGCAUACAGGAUUGUUUCAACUGCCAUCUUUAAAGUCUAUUAGCAUAGAAAAAAUCCAGGAGAAUUAUUAUGAAGAAAUGGGAAUUAAAAUAUUAUAUGCAAUUGGAAAAAUGAAGUUAACGGGACUUGAUAAUUUUUCUGUUGAGGCACUGGAUAUAGCACAAACAAAGAAUAAUUUAAUUAUUUCUGCCACAGUUUUAAUUCCAAAAUUGACCCUUUAUUCAGAUACUUAUACACUAGUUGGACGUGCCUACUACGUGUAUUCAUUGAAAGGAAAUGGUGCAAUGACGAUAGUAUCACGAAAUAAUGUGGUUUCAAUCAAUAUUGUUUUUAAUAACGUUGAUGAUAUUUAUACAUCGGUAUCAAAUUUUUCACUAAAAUACAGUACUAGCAUAGUUGAAGUUAAUUUAGAGAACAGUUCUUGGCCUAUAAACGAAGUGCUCAAUAGUGAAGGUGUUAACAUUUUGAAGAGUUAUCACGAAAACAUAAGCGAUAUAGUGAGAGACUACGUUGUGCCAAAUGCUAAUGAGUAUUUGUCUCGCGUCACAUUUAAAGACUUUUUAAAUAUAAUCACUUAUAUCGGUACCAAGUCUUAUGUGAUCGAAAAAAUGGAGAAAUAAAAAUUAUAUAAUUGUCUAAUAAAUGAAUUUAUUAAAAAUUAUUAAAAAUUAAAAUCUUGUAAGUAGUGAAAUAAACGGAAGAAAUUUAUUAUUUAAAACAAACAAAAACAAAAUAAAUGUUUAAGUAUUGCGUA